AUGUUCAUCUAUCUAUCUAUCUAUCUAUCUAUCUAUCUAUCUAUCUAUCUAUGUAUUUUUCCCCAUUUCUAUCUGUGCGUCACAUUCUGGUGCCACUCCUCGUUAUCGUUUGGUAUUGUGCUUAACAUUUGUUCGUUUCCUCUCAGACUUUUUUUUUUUUUUUGGCCUUCACAUUUGAUUUAUUUUUGUUUUUUUUAUCGUUUCCUCACCUCCUCUUCCGCUACCUUCUUUCUUUCUUUCUCCAUUUUCCCUAAUUUCUUUCUUACUUUACCUUCUUUCUUUCGCUACAUUCUUUCUUUCUUUCUUUCUUUCUUUUACCACUUUCUCUAUUUUCUUUCUUACUUUCUUUCUUUCUUUUACCACUUUCUCUAUUUUCUUUCUUUCUUUCUUUCUUUCUUUCUUUCUUUCUUUCUUUCUUUCUUUCUUUCUUUACUUUCUUUCUUUCUUUCUUUCUUUCUUUCUUUCUUUCACCACUUUCUCUAUUUUCUUUCUUUCUUUCUUUCUUUCUUUCUUUCUUUCUUUACCUUCUUUCUUUCUUUCUUUCUUUCACCACUUUCUCUAUUUUCUUUCUUACUUUUUUCUUUACCUUCUUUCUUUCUUUCUUUCUUUCUUUCUUUCUUUCUUUCUUUCUUUCUUUCACCACUUUCUCUAUUUUCUUUCUUACUUUUUCUUUACCUUCUUUCUUUCUUUCUUUCUUUCUUUCUUUUCUUUCUUUCUUUCUUUCUUUCUUUCACCACUUUCUCUAUUUUCUUUCUUACUUUCUUUCUUUACCUUCUUUCUUUCUUUACAUUCUUUUCUUUCUUUCUUUCACCACAUUCUCUAUUUUCUUUUUCCUUUUCAUAA